AUGAGCUCCAGUGCACCUAAAAAAUUUGUUCAUAAUGGCAAGAUUGUGGACUCUGUUCCAUUUCAGAUUCGAAUGCAGCGGUUUUUCAAAAACCUGUACAGUGGACUGAUACUAUACUUUUGGACCCUCUUUGCAAUCGAUGCACGUCAGGCAGCACUUUCCGCCCCAAAUCUUGACUCUUCCGGGUCUUCAUCUGGAUCUUCAUCGUCUUCUUCAUCUGACCAGAAGCGGCGGCUAGGAACUAUUCACAACUCAAACAGCUGA